UUAAUUGGAAUGUCCCCGUUAUGUGUCUAGUUACUCUAGUUACAGUUAUUUCUAUUGUUUAUGUUUGAUCUAGAUUCUAGAUGUAUUAAUUAUUGUUAGUAAAUUUACUAAUUAUUACAUUUGUACUCAGAGCUUGGAGGAUAAACAUUUUAUAUUAUUUGAAAUACCUUAGUUUUAAUUGUGAAAGAAACUGUAUUGAAAUGAAUUCAAUUGACGAACUCUUAAAGGAACUAGAAAAAGAACCAAUGACGGAAAGUAGGAGGAAAAGACUGAAAUUAUAUAAGGAAGAAAACCAAAUUCAAUUUUAGAUGCUAGAUUUAAAGAGUCUCUUGCUGUGGUUAAAUUAAUGCAUGAAUAUAGUCCAUUUGAUAGCCCCAUUGAGAAAGAUCCAGAUUGGGUUGAAGCAUUAAAAACUCUUAGAAUUGGCCAACAGUAUUUUGAAACAUCUGAAUGUAGUGCUGAGGCAAUGGCAUUGUCUCACAUUGAAAAAGAAAGUAAAGAUAAUACUUAUAUCAAAUCUUUGAAGAGUGAUAUUCAACUCUAUAUGGGAUUUAAUGCAGAAGUUGAGAAGGAUAUUGAAACAUUUACAAGGCAACUAGAAGAAGCAAAGAAACAUUUCAAAGAUGCUUUAUGUGAACCAAAGGAUAUCCAUCUUGUGGAUAAAAAAAUUGCCUCUUAUUCAAAUGAACUGGAAAAAUUUGAAAAAAAGCAUCCUUGGCUGAAGAACCCUCAAAUUGAUUUAACUUACAUUGCUAAAGAAGCUGAAAUGUUGGCAAGUAUGCUAGAAGAAAAAGAAGCCAUGGAAAAGGAAUUUAAAGCUUAUCAAGGCUUAGCUCCCGAUGUUCAUGAAGCAUCUCGCCAACUUAGUGAUCUGAAGAAGGAGUAUAACAAAUUGAGAGAGAAAUAUCAUUCAAACAAACAUUGACAAAAUAUAUUUUGUAUCCUGCAAUAAAAUAUUGCAAAUUUCUCAGGAA